AUUGUAAUAUUUUUAUUUUUUGACAUGACUCACCGUCUUAGAAUUUUUUGAUUCAAUUGUUAUUUAUCAUCGUAUUGAAAGAUAAGAAGUACAUGUACAUGAUGGACAAAAAUAAAGACAGAUCCAAUAAUCAUGAGAAAGAAGAUAAAUAUCCUCCAUCAGAUUCAAUCUCUAUAGAAGAUGGUGUCGAUAUCACAGAUCUUCAGAUUGAAGAUGAACAAAUUGCAGACAUGCCACUCACAUUAGAAAAAUUACCUGUGGAACUGCUAAUGCACAUCUGCAGUUUUUUGGAUGCAAAGUUUCUUGUCCACACCCUGAGUAAAGUGUGUAUUAGUUUUCAGGACUUGUUUGUUAGUGACAUAUACUGGAAAACCCGUAUCCACAAGAGAUGGCCCAAACCAUAUCCACCUGUGUAUGAUGAAAACUUCAGCUGGAGGGAGGCUUGUGCAGAGAGGGAGGAAUCAUACAGAGUUUGGAGUAAUCCUGAUCAAACCUGUCACCACUUUUUCUAUAGAGAGGGUAUUUUUGCACCUGUUGAUGCUGUUCAUCUAAUGCAUAAUGGAACAAUAUUAGCCUCAGGAUCUAGGGACAGAUAUCUUAAUAUUCUGGAUUUGACAAAGUACAAUCCAGAUGAACCAGCCAGUGUAAAAGCCAUGAAAAUAUACUCAGAUGCCAAGGCACACAAAGGUUGGAUAUGGAGUUUGGCAUCACAUGAAAACAGGCUAUGUUCUGGGUCCUGGGACACCUAUAUCAAAAUGUGGGACCUCAAUAAUGGAGUCACUGAGUGUAACAAGUACAAAUGUAAAUCCGCCAUUCUUGGAAUCCACUUUGAAGCCAAUCAGAUAUUUGCUGCAGGAUAUGAUCGACAUAUUUACAUCAUUGACCCUCGUGAUGGUGAGGUCCACAGGAAACGUCACCAUCGGCGACCUGUUCUGUGUUUGGCAGCAGACGACAAGUACAUUGUAACAGGGAGUGAGGAUAAAACAGUGGCUGUGUUUGAUAGGAGAGCUGGACAGGUGUACAAAACUAUACAGUUGGAGAGUUAUGCAAUGGAUAUCUCUUUUGGUCAUCAACAACUCUGGGUAGCUGCUAAAGAUGGAAAUCUACAGUUGUAUGAUGCUUCUCUGGGGCAGUUUGAACAUAUAAAGACAUUUGAUGUUGGGCACUCUGGCAAAGCCACUGGAGUUAUCUACACACCAGGAGCAAUAUUCUCUUGUUCUACAGACAACACAAUCAAAGUACUGGAUCCCAGUCUUUAUCCAGAACCUCUCACAACAAUCACUGACCAUACUGCUGAUGUGUCAAGGUUUUUUCCACCUCUGAAGAAUGAUCUUAUAUUAAGAGCUGCCAGAGGUGAGAGGACAGAGCGUACACCAGUAUGGCUGAUGCGUCAAGCAGGCCGCUAUUUAUCAGAAUAUGGAGAAUUUAAAGAAGAACAUUCAGUCUCAUUUUUUGAUAUGGUCAGAAACCCUGAGUUUUCAUGUGAGAUAACUCUUCAGCCCUUGAAGCGGUUUAACCUUGAUGCAGCUAUUAUCUUCUCAGACAUUUUAGUCAUUCCACAAGCUUUAGGAAUUGGAAUUGAGAUUGAAGAAGGAAAGGGCAUGACAUUUGACUUUUUACUCCAAACCCCAGAGGAUCUGAAAAAAUUGAACACAAUAGUUGAUGUCACACAGGAACUCCAUUAUGUGAUGGAUGCCAUUACUCUUACCAGACAAAGACUGGAAGGAAGAUGUCCCCUCAUCGGGUUCUCUGGUGCCCCUUGGACCAUCAUGAAGUAUAUGAUUGAUGGCAGCUCAGCACCCCCCGUCCCCAAGGCCAGGAGGUGGCUGGUAGAGUAUCCUGAAGCCAGUAACACACUACUGCAGCUUCUGACAAACAAAACAAUAGAUUACCUUGUAGCUCAGGUCAAGGCUGGGGCACAGAUGCUGCAGGUGUUUGACAGUAAUGCUGGUGAAUUGGGUCCAGGAUUGUUCAAUAAAUUUGGGCUUCCUUACCUAAGAAAAGUGGCUUAUGGGGUCAAGGAGAGACUGACAGAACAAAAUAUAGAACAUGUUCCUAUGAUAGUUUUUGCCAAAGAUGUUCAUUUUGCCCUUGAGGACUUGUCCAAUAGUGGUUAUGAUGUAGUAGGCAUUGACUGGACCAUUAAACCAACACAUGCAAGAAGAUUGGUAGGCAGUCAUGUAACCUUACAGGGAAAUCUUGACCCUUGUGCAUUGUAUGCUACAAAGGAGGAGCUUAAACAUGCUGUUAAAGACAUGGUAACAAAGUUCGGGACCCAGCGGUACAUUGCCAACCUCGGCCACGGAGUCAUCAAGGACACAGACCCCGAGAGUGUUCGGACAUUUGUAGAUUCAGUUCAUAUCUACUCUGAGGAAAUUAAUGCUAAUGCCUAGUCAAACGAAACUUCAUGACACUGUGAUAAAUUAUCUAAAUAUGACUGUAUUUUGCUGCAAUUAAGAAAUGUCUCUGGCCUGUGUCAUUUUCCAACUGAGCAAUACAUAUCUGCAUCAGACAUUUCAAUUUUAUUUGAUAUAUUGGCUUGUAUCUAUCACUAAUCUUUAUUAAUGUAAACAGUUUUAAUUUCAUAUAAUUUAUUUAAGUUGUCAUUAAUUAGAUGCAUGUACUAGUUCUGCAAUGCCAGAUAUUCCCCUUUGAAUGAUCUAAAGCUGUGUUGUAGCAUAUUCCAUUAGAAUAUUUCUAUCCUCUUUUUGUAUCUCUUUUUAUAUCACCUGUCAUGUAUCUCUUGAGUGUUUUCAGCUUCUUCUCUGGAACCGUUAAACCAAUUUCAACCCCCCCCCCCCCCCUUCAGCCUUAGAGGUGAGACAAAACCAUUAAGAUUAAUGUUUUUUUAAAAAUACCUUCUUUAUUCCUGUUUAUCAAGCAGUCAAACUGUUGGCAUGAUUGAAAUAAGCAUUGAGCCGUCUACCAAAAUUUUGAAUUAAUGACCCCAAGGUCAGAGGUUCUGAAAUUAGGGUGGGGCUCUAUUCAAAAUUGAUCAUAUAAUGAAUAUGCUUAAGUUCCUUAAGGAGCUUUUUCUCUGGCUCUGGGUAUUCAGCAUAGAAACAAAGUGCAUGGUAAUGAUGAGCAAUGGUGCCUCUUCCAAAAUUGUGAAAUUCAUACCCCCUGGGUCAGGGGUUUAAUGUAAGGAUGAGGCUCUAUUCAUUAUAUAGUGAAAAUGCAUUACUUCUUUGAAAGUCUUCUUUUCUUCCCCCUGUCUCUGGGUAUUUAGCUAACAUACUAAGUACAUGGUUAUGAUGAGAAAGGAUACGUCUUUCAAAAUUGUGAAUUUCAUGGCCCUUGGGGCAGGAGUGCUGGUGUUAUGGCGUGGCUCUAUUUAUCAUUACAUGCAGAUGCAUAAAUUCCUUAAAAAUCAUAUUCUCUCCCUAUGCAUAUUUAGCAGACAAACUGUGUAAGAGGUUAUGAUGAGCAAGGGUGCAUCUUACAAAAUUUUUGAAAUUCGUUGCCCCAAGGUCAGGGGUUCUGGUGUUAGGGCAGGGCUCUGUUCAUUAUAUGGUGAAAAUGCAUUAAUUCUUUGAAAAUCUUCUCUGCUUUUGGAUAUAAAGCAAAAAUACUAAGUGCAUGGAUGUAAUAAGCAAGGGUACAUCUUUUCUGGGUCAGGGGCCGUGGUGUUAGGGUGAAGCUCUAUUGACUAUAUAGUGAAAAUGCAUUUAUUCUUUGAAAAUCUUCUCUGCUCCUGGGUAUUUAGCAGAUAAACUAAAUGGAUAAUUGUAAUGAGCAAUGAUGAAAUUCCUGGCCCUGGUCAGGGUUUCUGGUGUUAUGAUGGGAUUCUUUUGAUUAUAUAGUGAAAAUGCAUCAAUUCUUUGAAAUUCUUUUUCUUUUCAGGGUUGUAUUAUACUCAGGUGACUGUUAAGGCUCAUGUGCCUUUUAUUUUUUUAAAUGAUUAAUAUAUACAUUUUGAAUCUAUGGGAGUUGUACCACACUGUGAAGAAAAUUGUCCUUGUACCUGUAGUUAUAUGAAGAUGCUGUGUGUAAAGGUUUAGUUAUUUGUGUGACAUGUCACUCCUUGAUUCUUCCAAACAGAAAAUCCUACAUAUAUAAUAGUUAUUUGAAAUACUGUCAAUAAAAUAACAGAAUACUGUUUCUUUCA